ACAUUAGUAAAAGAUAACCUAAGGGGCUAUCUGAUUCGGCAUAAGCAAUGUAUUCCGAAACAAUAUCGGAAUUGGACACGAUAGCCAAUGUGAUCGGUCUGCGCGGCGUAGGAACAAGUACGUUAACCAAGUUUGUCGAUAUGUGGUACCACGUCUUCCUGUGGGCAUUAUUUUCAUCGAUUGUUAUCCAUACUGGUGCAGCGGUAAUAGCAUUCGUUACGCUGCGCAAGCACAAGUUCGGACGAUUUUUCUCAAUUUUCAUCCUAGUAAUGGGUGUUGUAUCUCCGGUUGCCGGAGGCACCGUCAGUAGUGCCACCAUUGCCUUUGUACAUAGAGCCUCGAAUUUACCGAUGUCGCCAAUUCUGGCGAUGGUGUAUGGCGUUGGUCAGACCCUACUGUCUGCUUGUAUCGGGUUCACGCGUCUGUUGGCAACACUGUAAUUGCCAUUGGAGCUCCGCACCCUAUGCUCAACUAUGGUGGAAAGCAUCACAUUCAAAUACAAAUACAUCCAUACAUGUAACGUGAACACAUCUAAAUUAUUGUACUAGAGGAAAUUCUAAAUAGAUCAAAAACACGUUAGCCAUUUUACGAUAGUUCAGUUUUUAUCAAAAUGCGCAAGAGAAGAAGAAAAAAAUCGAAAGGAAUGAGAAUCCUUUGGGAUAACAAUGCAAGGGCCAUACAACACGAAGUGACGUGAGACAUAUAGCAGACGAUUAAAUAUUUCAAGAAAGCAUAUUGUUUUAUGACAAUGAUGAAGCGACAGCUUUUCUGCUACGAUGAGAAAAACAAGAAAACAAAGGAAAGACUAAAUGGAAUAAGGAAGACGGAGAAAAGAAUGCAGAAUGAUUAUUAUACAUAGUCAAAAAACAAAAAAAAAAGAAAUAGUGAUAUAUACCUUAACAAAUAAUUGAACCUAAUUAGUAGAAAAACUAAAUGGAAAAAGAGCAAACCUAGUUAAAGCAAAUCAAACGCCACUGAAGCAAACCUUAAAUGUGCUAUUUACCGACCAUUAUCAUCAUUAUCACACAUACAACUAUCGAACAUUAUGCUUUGGAUACAUCACCUCGUUUGUGUUCUAACUUUCCCAUUUUUAUAAAGGACGCUGCUAUAUUGCUUCACAGGUCCUGCAUAUCUCUGUAAUGUAGAAUGGGUAAAAAAUCAUGUUGACAUGAACUUAUUUAUUUGUCAUUUUACUGCUUUACUUCCACUUUCUAUCUCUCUUUUGAGGUCACACAACCUCUCAACUAUGUAAUAGUCGUUAUACAUAUAUCCAUAGGUUUGCCUUUUUUCUUGCAACUUGAAUCCGGCUGUCCUCUCGACAUUCUUUGUAGAAAUGUAGACUAGUCUAGUAAAGAGUAAAAUAUUUUGAAUAUGUUCCAAAAUUUUAGGUUUGUCUCUGCAUAUUUAUUAGUAGGUAGGGAGGGCUUGUAUGUAUAUUUUUGUUUAUUUUAUUAUCGGCGAGGAAAAAUGGAGAGGGAGUGUCACAGUAAAUCCAAUAAAAUACUAAUAAUUGUUAAGCAAAACAGUGGGAAAUCAGUAAUCGAUACUUGGGGCGUGGUUUAAAAACGAGCAAUUGAUUCAUUCGGAAGGGAGUAUAAUUCAGAAAGGGGUAGCAUAUGGGACAUUGUGUUUAAGCUUCCCAGGAGUAUGGAAAACACAAUUUCUGUCAGAUGCUCGUCUUCUGCAUAAUGAGAUAAAAUGGAUCCGGUUUUAAUCAUACAUAUUAAAUAAAUAAAAGUCAAUGAACCGAUAGUAAAACAUA